AUGCACUGCGACAUUCCACAAGAAUCCGAAAGCCGACCAUUCUCCACACGGCACCUGAAGUUUAUCACUAAAAGCACUCCAAAGCCAGGGAAGGCUAAAAAACGCAAAGUGAAGAAAGAGGAGGUGAAAGUCGACAAGAAGGGCAGGAAGACGAUCUCAAAAAAGGCUAUCAAAGGAAAAACAGAGAAGAUGAAACAGAAGAAGAAGGAAGCUGUAAGCUCAGCUAGCAAAAAAGGCAACGAACGCCUCACUCCUCGACUAGGGAUCAAACUCAGCAAAGAGAAUCCGUUCUUUGUAUCACCGAAAACUCCUGAAUAUGCUAGUUUUAUCACUAAUUCUCGUCUUCUUAUCAGAGCAAUUAUCAGAGGUGACUCAAAGGAACUC